GAAAAAUUGGGGGCGCUGCCCCGAAACUUCCAAUAAACUUUUACUCCACCAUUAUAUUUUUUUUCUAUACUUAAUUUCGAACACCCUUGCCAAAAAUCUUGAAUUUGUCUGUGUAUAUAUAAAGCUCCUUAAUUAUGAGACCAACUCCUCAUCUCAUCACAUCAUCACCAAAUAAAGAUUAUGGCAUUUUGCAAGGGGUCCUUCUUCUUCAUCUUCUUGCUCUGUAACUGGGGAAUAAUUAGUGUUUCAGCAAGCCCUAAUUACAGAGAUGCCCUUGCAAAAUCCCUUUUGUUCUUCCAAGGCCAGAGGUCCGGCAGGCUUCCUCGGCAACAAAUUACUUGGAGGGCCAACUCUGGACUUUCCGAUGGUCAAAUGGCCGGAGUGGACUUAACCGGAGGUUACUAUGACGGGGGAGACAACGUGAAGUUCAAUUUACCGAUGGCAUUCACGACCACAAUGCUGUCGUGGGGGGCAAUCGAGUACGCCAAGAAAUUAGGGCCUCAACUAUCAAGCAACAGAGCCGCCAUUCGUUGGGCGACGAAUUACCUUCUAAAGUGUGCUCGUGCAACUCCGGGGAAGCUGUACGUAGGCGUAGGAGAUCCGAACUCGGACCACAAAUGUUGGGAGAGGCCUGAAGAUAUGGACACAGCCAGAAAUGUGUAUUCCGUAUCCCCCAGCAAUCCAGGAUCCGACGUGGCAGGGGAAACAGCAGCUGCAUUGGCUGCUGCAUCAAUAGUAUUCCGGAAAGUGGAUCCGAAAUACUCGAAGCUUCUCUUAAAAACAGCCAAGAGUGUGAUGCAGUUUGCUAUACAGUACAGGGGAGCGUACAGUGACUCGCUCGGUUCAACUGUCUGCCCAUUUUAUUGCUCCUAUUCGGGGUACAAGGAUGAGUUGUUAUGGGGAGCAGCAUGGCUAUGGAGAGCAACAAACGAGGUUUAUUACCUGAAUUUCAUAAAAUCUUUGGGUGCAAAUGAUGGAACUGAUAUUUUCAGCUGGGACAACAAGUAUGCUGGUGCUCGUCUUCUCCUAGCAAGGCGGAGUUUAGUGGACAAUGAUCAUACAUUUCAGCCAUAUAGACAGCAAGCAGAAGAGUUUAUGUGCAGAAUAUUGCCCAACUCCCCUUACUCUACCACACAAUACACACCAGGAGGUUUAAUGUAUAAGCUGAGUGGGAGCAAUCUGCAGUAUGUGACAUCCAUAACAUACUUACUCACCACAUACUCCAAAUACAUGGCAACCUCUAAACACACCUUCAAAUGCGGGAAUCUCUUCGUCACUUCAAACACUCUACGAACCCUAGCCAAGAAACAAGUGGACUAUAUAUUGGGUGAAAAUCCGAUGAAAAAGUCGUACAUGGUGGGAUACGGAGCAAGUUAUCCAAAAAGGAUACACCACAGAGGAUCUUCUCUCCCCUCAAAAGCAGCUCACCCACAGUCUAUUGGGUGUAAGGCUGGUUUUCAACCAUAUUACUACACAACUAAUCCAAACCCUAAUAUAUUGACCGGCGCCAUUGUUGGAGGUCCUAACCAGAACGACUUCUUCCCUGAUGAACGCACUGACUACACUCGCUCCGAGCCUGCGACUUAUAUCAACGCUGCUAUCGUUGGUCCCUUGGCCUACUUUGCUGGUGCCGUUUGAAUUUUAUUUAUAUCACUUCACUGCUCAUCACCAUAUAAUUUAUUUUAUAUAUAUAUAUAUAUAUUACAAGUGUGAAUAAUAAUAUAUAUAUGUCUGUUUCAUCAUUUCUAUUUGAUUCUGGAUUUUCAUCAAUUUAAGCAAUUGCAAUCAUACUACUCUAUUGUAAUUUUACUAUAUGGUAAUAUUGUUGGGCCAACCCAACAAUAAUACCAUGGGAUUAUGCUGAUGUCUUACGCG